GGAGAGCAUGAGGCGCUCAGAGCGGGAAGAGCGUGGAGUGGGAGCGCUUAGCUUCGCGCAGCCCUGAUCCAAGCCUCCGCGCUGGACUCCGGAAGACAUGACUAUGGCUGGGGGAAGGAGAGGGCUGGUGGCUCCCCAGAACACCUUUCUGGAGAACAUUGUGCGAAGAUCUAAUGAUACUAAUUUUGUCUUGGGUAAUGCCCAGAUAGUGGAUUGGCCCAUUGUAUACAGCAAUGAUGGAUUUUGCAAGCUAUCAGGAUAUCACAGAGCAGAAGUUAUGCAAAAAAGCAGCACCUGCAGUUUUAUGUAUGGGGAGCUGACAGACAAAGACACAAUUGACAAGGUGCGGCAAACGUUUGAGAACUACGAAAUGAAUUCCUUUGAAAUCUUGAUGUACAAAAAGAACAGGACACCUGUCUGGUUCUUUGUGAAAAUUGCUCCAAUUCGAAAUGAACAGGAUAAAGUGGUUUUAUUUCUUUGCACUUUCAGCGACAUAACAGCUUUCAAACAGCCCAUUGAGGAUGAUUCGUGUAAAGGCUGGGGGAAGUUUGCUCGCCUGACACGAGCCCUCACAAGCAGCCGGGGCGUCUUGCAGCAGCUUGCUCCAAGUGUGCAGAAAGGAGAGAACGUUCACAAGCAUUCUCGACUUGCCGAGGUACUGCAGCUGGGCUCUGAAAUCCUUCCACAGUACAAACAAGAGGCACCAAAGACUCCACCACAUAUCAUUUUACAUUAUUGUGUUUUCAAGACCACCUGGGACUGGAUCAUCCUGAUUUUAACCUUCUACACUGCUAUUUUGGUCCCUUACAACGUCUCCUUUAAAACCAAACAGAACAACGUGGCCUGGCUGGUGGUAGAUAGUAUUGUAGAUGUCAUUUUUUUAGUAGACAUUGUGCUUAAUUUCCACACCACUUUCGUUGGGCCGGCCGGAGAGGUGAUCUCAGACCCGAAGCUAAUCCGCAUGAACUACCUGAAGACCUGGUUUGUGAUUGAUCUGCUUUCAUGCUUGCCAUACGACGUCAUCAAUGCAUUUGAGAAUGUCGAUGAGGGAAUCAGUAGCCUGUUCAGUUCACUGAAAGUAGUCCGACUUCUUCGGCUGGGGCGUGUGGCUCGGAAGUUGGAUCAUUACAUUGAGUAUGGAGCAGCUGUCUUGGUUCUGCUGGUGUGUGUGUUUGGUCUUGCAGCUCACUGGUUGGCUUGCAUUUGGUACAGCAUAGGAGAUUAUGAAGUUAUCAAUGAGGAUACAAACACAAUCCGAACUGAAAGUUGGCUCUACCAGCUGGGGGAGUCCAUAGGAACGCCUUAUCGGUUUAACACGACAGGUUCGGGGAAAUGGGAAGGGGGGCCAAGCAAGGAUUCUGUUUAUAUCUCCUCGUUGUACUUCACAAUGACUAGCCUCACCAGUGUUGGAUUUGGAAACAUUGCCCCCACUACAGAUGGAGAGAAGAUCUUUGCAGUUGCUAUGAUGAUGAUUGGCUGUAAGUACCAGAGAUUUCAUUUUUUUUCAUACAAAACGGCCUACAAAGUCUUCCUGUGCAUGUUAACCUUUAUCAAAAUUUCCUACACAGUAUCUCAAGGGUUUCUAACCAAUUUUUAA